AAUGCCAUAUUUCCGACACCUCAUCGACACAACUGGCGCGAACUUCUACUUUACCUUAGCUUCACCUGCGCGAUAUUAGUUCAAGUCCUAUCUGCAUGCGAACUGCUCGCGAAUGCUAAAUAUUGUGCGGAAACCCAGUGGGUCGGCUCGACAUUUGCAGACCUCUGCACGAUCAGCUGCACUCGUUCAGAAGCAGAAGCAACUUUCUAACCAUAUACAGCCGCGACCUGUUAUACGCGUGGUUGAAGUGAAAAAAGGGAAAGAAAGAGAACGAGAUGUAGUCCCGAAACCUGUAAAACAUGUCAAACGCAACGAGCUCGGAGUUCAGCUCCUUUCUCGGGAACUGCAUUCGCAGAUAUUUCGCAACAUCUCUUUUCCAGCACCAGAGAAAGCAUUCGUCCGUAUCGCGCAGGAGCAUCUGGAAAUGCAUGGACUGGACCCCAAACAAGGCUCUGUUCUUCCUGAUAUCGGCUUCACCCUUCCUCCUCUCCUAGGCUCAAACAUCGAUGAGCAUUUCCACAGAAUCGGCAAUCAGUCCGCUCAGCCAUGGCUAAACAUCGCGAAAGAUUCUGCAUCCAACGAACUUCCUCCGAAACCCGACCAUUGGGACAUUCAGUCGGGAUGGACGAAAUAUCACUUCCUUGCUGAUGGUUCAAGCUACAGCGAACAUGUGGAGUUCCCGCAGCACGAAGGGAGCGCGGAAGAAAUGCUCACGUUCGACGUAGAAACUAUGCCCCCGUAUCAUCCCUAUGCCAUCAUGGCAUGUGCUGCCUCGAAGAAUGCCUGGUACAGUUGGAUAUCGCCCUGGUUGCUCGGCGAAUCAGCUGAGCAACAGCACCUCAUUCCUUUGGGGGAUACACAUGCUCCACGCGUUGUCGUUGGCCACAACGUCAGUUACGACCGGGCGCGGAUUCUGGAGGAGUACAGUUUACAGGGAACUCAGUCCCGCUUCAUCGACACGAUGGCUCUGCACGUCGCGGUGAAGGGGAUAUCGUCCCACCAGAGACCUGCUUGGAUGAAGCACCGCAAGUCCAAAGAGACUCAGCAAGUUCGUCGUGCCGAAGCGGUUGAGGCUGUUAUUGGACUCAUGCGUGACGCGGAGUUCAAACACGACCAGGAGGUUGAUGAAAUUAAACGAGAAGAACUGCGCCGUCUCUGUGCUGACCUCGAGGAGAGCCUUCCGCAGCUCGAAGCUGCUGGUACUGAUGCUGUGGAAGCUGAUCUCUCGAGCAAGCGUUGGGAGGACCUGACCUCUGCCAAUUCGCUGGCUGAUGUUGCCAAGCUUCACUGUAAUAUUGAUAUGGACAAAGAAAUUAGGAACGACUUCAUGAAGUGCACUCCAGAAGAAAUCCUCGAUAACGUCCACGACUACCUCAACUACUGCGCGCAGGAUGUAUUCGUCACUCAUGCUGUCUUUUCCAAGGUCUUGCCAGCUUUCCUUGACCGCUGCCCUAGUCCUGUUUCAUUCGCUGGCAUUCUUGCGAUGGGUUCCAGUUUCUUGAUGGUGAACGAGUCCUGGGAAGCAUAUCUUGCGGAUGCAGAGAGGACCUACAAGGAGCUAGAUGGGAAGGUGAAAAGGCGGCUUGUCGAACUUGCAGAGCAAGCCAAGGAUAAGAUGGACGACGAGUCUUGGAAGGAUGAUCCUUGGCUCUCUCAACUCGAUUGGACGCCCAAAGUAGCAGGGAAAUCUAGGGGCGUCGUGCCCACCGAACAACUUGACUCGAUGGCAGCGACUAUUCCCGCUUCCUCCACCCGACGUAAGAAGGCCGCUCCUAAGGAGCCCAAGCCUAAGGUAUUUUGGCCAAAGUGGUACUGGGAUCUCGCAAAGCCCAAGAAAAACAUGCCUCCCGGCACGUUGGAUGUCACAGUACGGAAUCGCAUCGCUCCCAUCCUCCUCCGUCUAUCCUGGCAAGGCUGGCCGCUCUUCUACUCCCGAGAACACGGCUGGACCUUCCGCGUCCCAGGAGACGUCGACUUUCCUACCCGUCUCAAUCAAAUCGAUUUCUACGAGCCUACGGAUGACACCCUCCAGGACAUGCGCUUGAAGGGAGGUUUUAUUUUCUACAAACUACCACAUAAAGAUGGGGAAAAGGCGAAUGUGGGCAGUCCACUUGCGAAAACAUUCAUGAAAUAUGCACAAGACGGGACGCUCACAAGCCCUGGAGACGAGGCGAGGGAUGCAUUGGACAUGAACGCGCAGUGCAGCUAUUGGAUCAGCGCACGUGAUCGCAUUAUGAAUCAGAUGGUAGUCUGGCAGCGGGAAGCGUUAGAUCUACAGUUCAAAUCACCGCAAUCUUCAGACGAACCUCGAAAAUGGGGUAUCAUCAUUCCCCAGGUGAUCACCAUGGGCACUGUGACGCGCCGCGCUAUUGAGAGGACGUGGCUCACAGCGAGCAAUGCGAAGAAAAACCGUGUUGGCUCAGAGCUCAAAUCCAUGGUGCGCGCACCGAAGGGGUACGCCAUCGUUGGUGCGGAUGUGGACUCAGAGGAGCUGUGGAUUUCGAGCUGCAUGGGCGACGCGCAGUUCGGUUUACAUGGUGCUACUGCUCUUGGUUGGAUGACUCUUGAAGGGACCAAAAUCGCAGGAACGGACCUUCAUUCGAAGACAGCAAGCAUCCUGGGCAUAUCUCGCGACCAAGCAAAAGUGUUCAACUAUUCCCGAAUCUAUGGCGCAGGGAUGCGUCACGCAGUGCUCCUCCUUUUGCAGUCGAACGCCGGUAUGCUCCCCGAUCAAGCUCAGCGGCUCGCAGAAAACUUGUACGCGUCGACGAAGGGCAAGAACACGCAUCGCACAGAUAUGUUUGGGAGGAAAUUUUGGUUUGGUGGAACGGAGAGCUUUGUAUUUAACAAGCUGGAAGAGAUCGCGCUUUCAGAUCAACCACGGACUCCAGCUCUCGGAUGCGGAAUCACAGCUGCUCUGUCAAAGGAGCUUCUUCCGGCUAAAUUUGGCUCAGAUUAUAUGACAUCGCGCAUAAACUGGGUUGUUCAGUCCUCCGGUGUCGACUACUUGCACCUUCUCAUCGUGGCAAUGGAUCAUCUGGUGAGCCACUAUGGCAUCAAGGCGCGUUAUCUUAUCUCGGUGCACGACGAGUUACGUUACUUGGUUGCCGAAGAAGAUCGCUAUCGAGCUGCCCUUGCGCUGCAGAUCGCCAAUCUGUGGACACGAAGCCUCUUUGCCUUUAAGCUAGGAAUGGAUGACUUACCUCAGGGUGUCGCAUUCUUCUCAGCCGUUGAUAUCGACAAGGUGCUCAGAAAGGAGGUUGAUAUGCCAUGUGUCACAUCUUCUCAUCCUGACCCCAUCCCCCCUGGAGAAAGUUUGGACAUUGCCGGCAUUCUGGAGAAGACGAAUAGCGGUUCAUUAUGGAAAGAUGGACGAUCCAUGAGCACCGAGUCUCUGCCUUCCAACAUGUCCGGCGAGCUUAAUGAAGGCUAUGAGCCUCCUAGCUGUCUUAUUCAUCGCGCUGAGAGCGCAGCUUGGCUGCGAGCUCAAGCCACCUCCGAGUUCCCUGAAAUCAAGCAUCUUGCGCAGCAGACAUCGGGGCAGGUGGGCGAUAGCGGGAUGCGGAGCACCACGAGUGAUAACCGAGGAAAAAAGCGUGGACGUUCGGCAAAACACGCGUCCAUGGAGAUCGAUGGUGACUGGGAGGCGAUGCAGGAAGUGUUGAAGUCAGGCGGCCUACACUGAAGUCCCUCAGCUGACCUACCGACGGAUCAUCCCCACCACAGUACUAGUAUAGUAUCACGCUGUAUACCUAAAUUAGACCUCACAUAAUGUUAGAGUACCUGAGUACCUUAUUCAUGGGCGUUUGUGGCGGGAGAUCCGGUUCAGCUGUUUAGAUUGCGGCGCAGAUACUUGUGAGUCUAGGGUCUU